AAAACAGUAAACCCACAAAUUAUUGUGUAGCCAUCUCAAAAAGCUCAUCUUUUUUGUUUUUUUUAUCCUUUUGAUUUUUCGACUUCUGUGAAACCUUUCUUCAGUAAGGUUUAUUCCCACCAUUGUCUGUACUAGAAGCUUUUCCAUUACUCCGUCUUUGAUCACUGACGCAGGCCAUGGAUGCUGAUGAGAUGGAAUCUGAAAGAGCCGAUCAAGUCUCUGCUUGUGCUCUACCAUUUGCAAGAAGUUACCAAGUGGAGGCACUUGAGAAAGCCAUAAAACAGAACACGAUUGUGUUCUUGGAGACUGGUUCUGGUAAGACCCUCAUCGCCAUUAUGCUUCUUCGUAGCUACGCCUACCUUUUCCGCAAGCCCUCACCCUGCUUCAGCGUCUUUUUGGUUCCUCAAGUUGUUCUUGUCACUCAACAAGGAGAAGCCCUGAAGAUGCAUACUGAUCUAAAAGUGGGUAUGUAUUGGGGAGACAUGGGGGUUGACUUUUGGGACUCUUCGAGAUGGAAACAAGAAGUCGACAAAUAUGAGGUUCUUGUGAUGACCCCCGCCAUUUUGCUAGAUGCAUUGAGACAUAGUUUUCUGAAGCUGAACAUGAUCAAGGUUCUAAUAGUUGAUGAGUGUCAUCAUGCUGGGGGAAAGCACCCCUACGCUUGUAUCAUGAGGGAGUUCUAUCACAAGGAUUUAAGUUCUGGGAUUUCGGAUGUUCCAAGGAUAUUUGGGAUGACUGCAUCCCUUGUGAAAACAAAGGGUGCAAAGUUGGAUAGCUACUGGGAAAAGAUUCAUGAGCUCGAAACUCUAAUGAACUCAAAGGUUGCUUCUGUUCUUUAUCUUGAGUUUCUUUUUUUUUUUGGUACUGUCCCUCCUGAUAUAAAGGUGUAUACCUGUGAGAAUGAGUCCGUGUUGGCUGGGUUUGUCCCCUUCUCUACACCGAGCUUCAAGUACUACCAUCACAUGGAGAUACCAUGUUCUAAACGUGCAAGCUUGGUAGAGAAGCUUGAAGAACUAACUACAAAGCAUUGCUUAUCCCUUGCAACUUUGGAUCUCAAAUCAUCUAUUGUUGGUUCUAUAGAGAAAAGACUGCACAAGAUAAGUUUAUGUCUAACGUAUUGUUUGGAUGAUCUCGGAAUUUUGCUGGCGCAGAUGGCUGCUCAAUCAUUGUCAGCUAGCCAGAAUGACUUUGUCUUUAGGGAUGAUCAACUAGAUAUGUUUAGUGAGACUUUGGUAAAAAAAUUCUGUUCUGAUGCCUCACAAGCUUUUUUAGCUUACAUACCUCCUGGUCAAACUUGGAGUAUUGCUAAUAUAAAAGAAAAUAUGGAGGCAGGUCUACUAACUUCAAAAACAGUCUGCCUCAUUGAAACUCUUCUUGGUUAUAGCUCCUUGGAGAACAUACGAUGCAUCGUUUUUGUGGAAAGAGUGAUAACAGCAAUUGUUGUGGAAUCUCUUUUGGCAGAGAUUCUUAAAAACUAUAAUAAUAAGUGGAAACCCAAGUACGUUGCAGGAAGUAGCUCUGCUCUUCAUAGUCAAACUAGGAAGAAGCAAAACGAGAUUGUGGAAGAAUUCAGGAGAGGCUUGGUAAACAUCAUUGUAGCAACAUCUAUUCUUGAAGAGGGCCUAGAUGUUCAAAGCUGCAAUCUUGUUGUCACAUUUGACCCUGCAUCAAACAUUUGCAGCUUCAUACAGUCUCGUGGGCGUGCUAGGAUGCUAAACUCGGAUUAUUUGAUGCUGGUGGAAAGUGGAGCUCUGUUGACACAAUCUCGGUUAAUGAAAUAUCUCUCUGGUGGAGAAAGAAUGCGUCAAGAGUCUUUGCAUCAUUCUCUUGUUCCUUGUCCACAGCUUCCAGAUGAUUCAUCUGAGGAUUUCUUCCGUGUGGAAAGCACCGGAGCAAUCGUAACUCUCAGCUCAAGCGUCAGCUUAAUAUAUUUCUACUGCUCAAGGCUUCCUUCAGAUGAGUACUUCAAACCAGCUCCAAGAUUUGAUAUAAACAAGGAUCACGGGAUUUGCACACUGUACCUUCCAAAGAGCUGCCCUGUAAAAGAAGUUAGGGUAGAAGCAAAGGGUAUCAAUGUAUUAAAACAAUCUGCAUGUCUUGAAGCAUGCGUCCAGCUUCACAAAGUUGGAGCUCUGACUGAUUAUCUUGUGCCUGACAUGGUUGUGGCCGAGACCGUCGUACAAAAGCUCGAGGACAUCCACUAUAAUACAGAACAACCAUGUUACUUUCCCGAAGAGCUCGUCUCCAAGUUUUCAGCAGAGUCUCAGACAACAUACCACUUGUACUUAAUAAGAAUGAAGCCAGACUCUCCAAGAAAUUUUCAAUUUAACGAUAUUUCUCUAGGCACCAGAAUCGAGCUUGAAGAUGACACUGUAAACACAAGUUUUCAGCUUGAAGAUCAUAGUGGUACAAUAGCUGUGACAUUGAGUUAUGUAGGAGCAUUUGACUUUACACAAGAGGAGGUCCUUUUGUGUAGAAAGUUUCAGACAACUCUUUUUCAAGUUCUUUUGGAUCACAGUGUGGAAAAUUUUAUGAAAGCAUUGGAUGUCAGAGACGGGGCAGCACUUGAUUAUCUACUAGUUCCAUCCACUUAUGAGCAUGAAACAUCUCUGCUUAUUGAUUGGGAGGUGAUAAGAUCGGUGAGUCUAACUUGUCAUAAACCUUGUGACACACAUGUACUGGAUUGUUGUUCUUCCAAGGAUGCUUCUCGCAACGUACAUACAAAAGACGGCAUGUUUUGUACUUGUGUCGUACAAAAUGCAUUGGUUUAUACACCACACAAUGGAAAAGUCUACAUCACCAAAGGUGUUCUCAACAAUCUAAAUGCAAAUUCAUUGAUGAACCAUAUGACUUACAUAGAGCACUAUGAGAAAAGGCAUAAGGUUCGGUUAAAUUAUGUGGAUGAGCCUCUUUUGAAUGGUAGACACAUAUUCACGCUACAUAAUCAUCUUCGCAUGUUCAUGAAGGAAAAAAAGAAAGAACAUGACAGAGAGUUUGUUGAACUGCCUCCUGAACUGUGUCACAUCAUGUUGUCCCCAAUAUCAGUUGAUUUGAUAUAUACAUAUACUUUUAUCCCAUCUGUUAUGCUACGCAUUGAAUCUUUGCUUUUAGCAUACACCCUGAAGAAGAGCAUCUCAAACGUCAAUAUUCCAACCUUCAAGAUUCUGGAAGCAAUCACGACGAAGAAGUGUCAAGAUCAGUUCCACUUGGAAUCACUAGAAACUCUUGGUGACUCUUUUCUGAAAUAUGCUGUUUGUAAGCAAUUGUUCCUACAAUACCGUACUCAUCACGAGGGUCUUCUCAGCAAAAAGAAAGAUGCAAUGAUUUCAAAUGUCACGCUCUGCAAAUUUGCAUGCCAGCAGAAACUUCAGGGAUUUAUCCGCAAUGAGUGUUUUGAACCUAAAGGCUGGAUGGUUCCUGGUCAAUCAUCUUCAGCUUAUGAUCUUGUAAAUGAUACCUUACCCGAUUCAAGAAACAUAUACAUUGUUAGGAUGAGGAACUUGAAAUUCAAGCGUGUGGCUGAUGUUGUAGAAGCAUUAAUUGGUGCAUAUCUCAGUGAGGGAGGUGAAGUUGCAGCAUUGAUGUUCAUGAGUUGGGUAGGUAUAAAGGUUGAUUUCACAACUACACCAAUCCAAAGAGAUUUUUCUAUACGAGCGGAGAAGCUUGUGAAUGUAGGGUACAUGGAGUCGUUGCUGAGAUACAGAUUCAAGGACAAGUCUCUUCUAGUUGAGGCAUUGACUCAUGGUUCAUACAUGAAACCUGAAAUCCCAAGAUGCUAUCAGAGGUUGGAGUUCCUCGGUGACUCGGUGCUUGAUUAUCUCAUAACCAAGCAUUUGUACGAUGAGUAUCCUAGUCUUUCUCCUGGACUCCUAACCGACAUGAGAUCAGCUUCGGUGAACAAUGAAUGUUACGCUCAAGUGGCAGUGAAAGCAAGCUUGCACAAGCACGUUCUGCAUGCCUCUCAUGAUCUCCAUAAGGACAUCUCUAGAGCAGUCUGUGAGUUUGAGCGGUCUUCUUUGCAAUCUACUACUUUCGGUUGGGAAUCCGAGAUAUCUUUCUCUAAGGUUCUUGGAGAUGUGAUAGAAUCUUUAGCCGGUUCGAUAUUUGUUGACUCGGGUUACAACAAGGAAGCAGUGUUUGCGAGUAUUAAACCACUCUUGGGUUGUAUGGUAACUCCAGAGACUGUCAAGUUGCAUCCUGUGAGAGAGCUGACAGAAUUGUGCCAGAAAGCACAGUACGAGUUAAGUAAAGCUAAAGGUUUCGAAAAUGGCAAAGCUUGUUUCACAGUUGAUGUGAAUGCUCAGGGAAAGAGUUUUACGCAUACAGCAAAGGCCUCUAAUAAGGAAAUGGCCAAGAAAUUGGCUUACAAACAAGUCUUGAUCUCACUUAAGGAGAAUCUUGACUCUUAAGUCUCUCUUUCUUGUUUAGAUUUGAAUGAAGUGACUCUUAAAUGGUUUGGCAAUAACCGAAGCAAAUUUGGUUCGACUUGUAAACUAAACCUGGUUACUGAAACGUGUAUACAUAAUUGGACUUUACACUAGAGAUGGGCCUCGGUAAAAAGACAAAAAAACUAGAGAUGGGCCUUAUCUAGAUACAAUUCCAAGCCAAGACAGGA